AUGGAGAGUUUCAAGGACUACAAAAUACUGUCCAGAAGAGACAACAGCACCGCACUUUUGGGCACAUUAAACGGUGUACAGAGCAUAGUAGUGGUACAGAACAAAGAAGUGGAUCUGAAAGAAAUACCAAAGAUGAAAAUGGAAAAGUACACGGUAAUAACAGACAAUCCGCCAUAUAGAAGUAUGGAAAGUGCAAAUUAUUAUCUACGAGUGACCAGUCCAUGCACGCAGCAGCACAUUAAAAAGUACGAUAGGCCUGAGUACAGGAGCGAAACAUACGAUGAAUACCUGGAAUAUCUGCAGAAAGAUAAGUUAUCAACCAACUGGAUACAGAAGAUAAGAGACGGAGAAUGUGAACAACCUAUUUACCAUGAUGACCGGUUCAUAAUCAUAAAUGAUUACAAAUGGGACAUGUCUGAUGUCAGUCAACUGUAUUUGCUCUUGAUAUUCAAGGAUCAUGGCCUGUUUACAAUCCGUGAGUUAAGUUUGGCUUUAUGUAAAGAGGCGAAAAUCAUGAUAUUACAGAUUUUGAGCACUAGGUAUGGACUGGAGGAGAAGGAUGUACUGAUGUAUUUCCACUAUAAGCCAUCAUACUACGUUUUACAUGUGCAUGUUGUUAAUUUGGAACGGAGAAUGGAACCGGGCAUGAUGGUGGGGCGUGCUAUCUUGUUGGACGAUAUUGUGGAGAACCUGAUGAUUGAUCCGUUGUAUUACAAGAAGAGAAAACUCUUCUACGUUGGUAGUUAGGUUAAUGAAUUGCGAUUGAUCUCCAUGUUUUAUGCCAUUUUUUGUUAUAAAUCGUUGUUCUUUUUUCCCAAUGCCAUCGUAUCUUCUGUGGAUGUAGAGUAGGAUGAUUAUAUAAUCUGCAAAUGCUUAACAGUAAAUCGAUGAGUACUGUUCUGAUUUGUAAGGAAUUUGAUGGAAAUGGGGUAUUUUAUGAAAACCUCAAAAAAUAGCACAAUGGGCCCGUAGUAGCUCCCUUGUGAAGUAAUGAAGCGCAUAUAUGCAACGUUUUUAUGAGAUCCUCAUGAUUUCUUCCAUGAAUAAAUGUUUGGGACAUAAAACACGCCUCGAGAGUUAAAUAAAUCUUUGCGAC